GGAGCACUUCGUACACAGCCUCCUUAGUAAUCAGUGGUUUCGUUGCAAAUCUGACGUGAGCAGAACAGUGCAUUAGUUGCAACGGUAUGGUAUAGAUACUUGUUGUUUAUCAACUUGCGAUCAAAGUGUGCCCAGGAGCUCCACCACCAGUUCUUGUGUCAACCGAAGUUGUAUUUGAAGUUCGCGAAAAGAAUCAAUAAGGUAAAACAGGGUAAACAAAAGUAGUUUCUCCUUUCGAUUGGCACUCGCGCCUGUAGGAGGCAGUGGAAGUGUUUGUGUGGAAAGAACAUUCAAAACCGGCCCCAUUGCAUUGCUUCCGUUUAGGGAAAAGCGUUGGCGGUGGCUGUUGUGCGCUAGCAGGUUCCCACUUGAAUUACACUUGGUGAGAAAAAGGGUGGAAAUGAGGCUCAAUUCCUCAUCGCGUUCACCAGCUGAACAGUUAGUACUGUCGUUCACGUUGCUUUGGUAACGUCAAAAAUAACACAUACCUUUGAUUACGAAAGGGUGCCAUGUUUUGGGCGAUUAUCGUCGUCGGUUGUCCUGUGUUUUACUGUGAUCAAUUAAAAUUCGUGUGAAUUUGAUCGAUCUUUACGCGUUCUGAGUAAUCAUACAAAUGAAUCAAAUAAACAAGUUUAUCUUACUCAACUGCUGCUAAAUAAUUGCGAACGUGAGAAGUAUGAACAGAAGAGAAAAGCUAUAUAUGCGCCAAUAAUUACGACGAACGAGAUAACAGGUAAAGUCUUCGGAACAAUUUGAUUGCACUUCCAAUGACUUGAUGCUAUACAGGUUUUUGAGUAAAACAAAGUGAGUGUUGAAACAACAACAAAAAACUGCUUGUCAAGUCAGGUUACGAAGUAGUUCAAGACAAGAAGUGUUCCUACUCUCAGCAGCUGUGAUUAUUGAUUGUUCAAAUCGUUCAAUGAAUGUCGAAUGGAUAAUCGGCAGCAAACUCAGGAAACAGUGUCGAUCUGAAUCGGAAAUCGAUUACCACUCAGCCCGUGCGCGCGGAUUCGAUCGAUUCGUGGCCUACCAGGGCUGCCUACCUGUUUUCGUGCACUAUUAUGGAAUAUGGCGCGGCGGAGCGGUAAUGAUGACAGUGCUGUUGUAGCGAGGACUCGCCGCGCAUCGCUGUUCGGGGAAGGUGUGUGGAAGUCGGAUUGAAGUUACGGCUCCUGCGAGGUCGUUGGUACACAGUCAGUCAUUUAACUCAUCUGCUAGUGGAAGGAAUUAUCGUCGCGAGUGAGCCUUGCUAUAGAAUAGGGCUUAAACGGAAAGUGACGGGUUCUUACUAUAUCUUAUCUCGAACGUCCGGAACGUGAAUGCACACAUGUGACCGGUUGUGCCACCGCGGGGAAACGUGUCGGAAUUUAACGAGCACCGAUUUAAUUUCGAGUGAUAAAAAUUGGUACCAGAUACUGAGAGUUUCGUUUCUCGAUGACCGAGUGAGGGUGAUAAAAUAAUUUAAUUUUUUAUCGUAUUCGUGCGGUCCUGUUUGUCCAGAGGAGUGAAAGGUUUGAUCGAAUUGAGUGAAUGUGAUUGUUGUUGAAGCCAUAUUUAAAAAAAAAUCAAAUUGAAUGCAGUCUUGAUUGGUUUGUUGAUAACAAGUGAAGUGAAAUGUGAAUAAAAAAAAAAUAAUUACAUAGAAUAACAUAGCAAAGUGAGGAGAAGAAUAUAUUUAUAUAAUCAAUCAUUCGCAAUGUCGAUGGAACGUGACGAGUAUCUACCGAACAUGGAACAAAGUCAGACCAUAAUAAUGGAUAACGAUGGAGCUGAUACGGAUACGACCAGCAUAAUGCAGAACAAGGUAGACUAUGAUCGGCCACAAUCAACGGCCAGAUAUACUGAAGGGGAAGACAGCGAGGAGGACAUAGCCGGUGACUUCAAAGAACAUAACUAUGAAUGUCGAUACGAUGGCAGCUGGUCUGAUAACAACCUGAACGAAAAAGAGCUACAGUACGACGACCAAGACGAGAAGGGCGAUCCGGUCUACGGUGAGCAGUACCAACCGGCCGUCGAUCCGUUUCUGCAAAUCCCCGAUCCGCCACCGAAUCUCGAACUUCACCAAUGUCCGAUUUGUUCUCGCAACUUCGUCCCGACAUCGCUGUCCAAACACAUCUCCAUCUGUGAGCGGAUGCAGUCGAAAAAGCGAAAACCCUUCGAUUCUUCACGCCAGCGACGCGAGGGAACCGAGUUGGCAUCGUACCUGCCGAAAAACUUCGGACUACCCCAGAAUCACCCGCAAACCAGAGUUUCGCCUCCAAAAACGACGAAUCCCGUCCGAAAACUGAGUACAAGUAAAACACCCACCAUGGAACGUAAAGAUUAUAUGAGUCACACAAACAACAAUAUGUCCAAAUCCCAGACAUUGCCAAGCACAACGUCAACCGGAGACAGUUCGAACGCGUCGGUGACGACUCCCCGGCCAACACUGAAACGGAGUCUGUCUCAACAGAACGAACCGUGUCCGUAUUGCGAGCGAUGUUUCGGCUUCAAAGCGUACGACCGACACGUGGAAUGGUGCCGUGAAAAGGCACUACUCAGCAAAAAUAUCAACAACACCCAAACGAUUUCCGCUGCCAAAGAACGGCUCAACGCUCGGAUUCAGUACAAAGCACCUCAGAUUAGGUCGAAACGUGCCUUAAACCGGGAGAAAUACUCGGGCAGUCUCAGCUGUGGUGGUUCUACCAACAGUCUCGCAGAUUUGGAUCUUCCAUUCCCGAGGCAUCGAAGCCAUCUAAAUUCUAUGAGUUCUUCCAUUUCCAGUGAUAAUAAAUCCGAUCAAUCGGGACCGUUGAAGAAAGUUUCUUCCAUCGGUCAGAUCAAUACGGCCAGCACGUUGAAACCGACGAAAAAGCGUGAAAUUCGAGCCAACCUGAUGGAUAAUGAGAACUUUAGAAACGACAAUCAGGGACACGGCACCAAAAUAUUUAGCAAUAAUUUGAUCAUCAGGCCGUCACAGGAUGUCCGACGAGAAAAGGAACAAUCCGUUGGCAAGCUGGAAAUGAUUGGGCGCGGGGAGCACCGAGUUCCGCUGAAGCGAGGUGCCAACAACAGCGUAAAAUGCAAUAAGAGUGGAUACAGUCCGGACCGAUACGAUCCAUUCCUGUCCGCUAAAAGACAACUCGAGGAAUUGUUCUCACCCACAUCCAACUACAAUACAUCAACUCCACGACAACAUACGCCAAACAGUCAAACGACAACUCCAGUGACUCCCAGUCUUGCUAUGAGUAAAUCCGUAACCACCGCUACGAAUAAAACAUCUCCGAUAAACUCCAACUUCCGACGGGCUUCAUCGCUCCGAAUGCCUCGAAAAGUCUCCCGACCGAUGUACAUAGAGAAAGCGAAGUCUAACAUUCAGAAAGGUAUAACAGAUGAUGGUCCAGUUUCACCGAAUUUUCUCAAGUCAUCUGAGUACGAUGAAAUACCGAUCAAAUCGGCAUUCAAUGCGCUUCAAAUGGCGGAAAAACCGAAAAUGAGAGAUUCAAGUACGACACGCAAAAAUCUUAAGCUGGAAAUCAAAGAUCCCAAUCGACCAGCAAACGAUCUUCAACUGUCGAAGACAGACUCGCUGGCCGCUUUUUUGAAAUACGAACACGAACUGAACCUAGCUGCUAUGAGCGAGAAAGACAAAAAAGACAAAAGCAACAGUCUGAGCAAGCGAUCCUCUUCACUCAGUGGACAAGAGCGGAAAGAAUCUAUACUGUGCACAAGCGCUACCGGUAAUGGGCCAAAGGGUGAACAAACACCACGGGAUGAGAAAGAAAAAUCAGAGAAAAUACUUCAAGAAAUUCAACCGAUCAAGAAACAUCCGCAGAAACUUGUACCCAUUAAAUUAGAACCAAUUAACAUAGCUUACAACAAUAACAACAGUCACCAUCACAACAAUGAUGUUAAAAAUAAUAUUAACCUGAACAGUAACAACAAUGAUAGUAGUAAUAGUAAUAGUCGUAACGUCAAAAAUAAACCAACGGUAAUCUCCCUGGAUACGAUAUUAGGUAAAAAACCGAUGCCUCUGCCAGAGAAUAGAGACAAUCGCAAAGAAUCGAUCCCCAUCGAUCCGAAGUUGAUAAACAAAUGCGAUAAUCUCACGGUAGUUGCUACUAAAAUAUCUUCCUCAGAGUCCGACUCCAGUGUGAAGACCAUAGAAGUUAAAAAACCGUCACCCAUACCGCGUCAGUUGACAGCGUUAUCGAACAGUGCUACAGAAACGUCUGCCAAUGGCAUCAAACGCGAAGAAGUUCCGUCGAAGAUCGAUAACAGACUAAAAGACAACAGUACAAACAGCUCGGACGAAACACGACCGACUUUGACCAGACAGAACGGUACUGCUAGCGCCAAUAGCAGUAGAGACGCUAGUCGAGAGAAGAGUCCCGAGGAACAACAAACAAGUAGUUUACUGAAACGAAACCAAAGUCUUGCUAACAAUUCGAAACCGCAGGCAACCGAUGUUUCAGGGUCGGUGCCGAUAAUUUCCAAACCAUCUACUCCGAUAACGGUACAAAAGAAACCCGAGCGACCUCCUCUUCCAUCUUUUGACGACUUCGACUUUGACGAGUUCAUUUCCUCCUUCGAAGAGGAACGACGCUCCUUCCGAAACGCUUUCUACUCUUGUAAUGCAAAACAUAGCAGUAGCAGUAGUAAUAGUAGUAAAACCAACAUUCAACAUGCCAACAUUACGAACAACGAUAGUCCUACCAAUGUGAAGAGUGUGACUAGGUUGAACAGUAGUAAUAGUAGUACUAGUAGUCCUAGCCACUUCACUUCCCCAAACAGUCACUUUCACUACAAAAGUCUCGAUAAUCAUGGUAGAUCGGAAGGAGUGGACCCGAUACGCCAUAUGACGCAACAGCAGCCGUUGAAGAAUUCUCCACAAGUACCACGGCGUCAGUUUUCAGCGGAACAAAUACCGGCGGCCGCAAACCACACUAAUCGGAAUCUACCCAGCAUUAUGGCUAACAGUGGACCGUUCCCGGUGGACACAUCGCCAUCUGAUCCAAAGUCACCUAACACAAAUCGUAGAGGUCCUCUAGUAGUUUACGGAGCACAUAACGAUACCAAUAACAACAUUAACGGUAGUCCGCUCACCGUUCGGACCAAUCCAUUUGUGUCGCGUCACGGAAACGGUAACAUUUUUAACCAUCAUCCACCAAUCGUCACAAAUCAGCAACACCAACAACAGUCUUCGCCAGUAAACAAUAACAACAACAACACGAUUUCAACACGACUUGUACCACAGCCAUAUACCACUUUGUCUCCACUUCUCGAUCACACAGCCAACCGCCAGUCACCGCUAAGUACAGUCAACGGUAUCGGUAAUGCUGUCGGUGGGAAUGGCGUUGGUGGUGGAGGAGCUGGCGGAGACGGUAUCAUGUUCGACGAUCUCUCUCCAACAGAGCGUGACCUGAUGAAGAGUGUUCAAGAGCUGGAUCGGAUGUGCGAGUCAUCGUCUUCGAUGUAUCCAGCCGACUCCGACGAAGUAUCUAGCGUCGAGGGAUAUCCAGUGUCCAACUCAUCGCGAAGUCAUCACCACGACGCUGACGCCCGAUCCCAUCAGCGACCUAGUGCGGAAGGAUCAAAGUUCAGUGCCGACUCGGCCUACGGCAGCAGCUUGUCCCGUCAGUCACCACCCGAGCCGCAGCACCACACAACGAUUCGACGGGUGUACCAUCAUCGGGGCGGUAAGUCCACAACUACUAGUCAGCAGCAAGACCCGUUCGAUAACUCGAGCGGUUCCGAGUCGUCUCUGCCACCAAUUACGGCCACACUUAAAACGCAAAAGAUCGAGCUACAUUCGCAUAAGGAACCGAAAGGUCCCGGAGCUGCCCUGCCAAUGUCGAAGUUUUGCCACGAAUGUGGUUCACGUUUUACAAUAAAUACAGCCAAAUUCUGCAUGGAAUGUGGCAUCCGGAGGAUUACGUUGGAUUAAUUAACUAUUUGUAUCAAAUGUUAGGUGAAGUUUGCACACUGUUUUUACCCGUUGGUUUGCAUGAUUAUUGUUAGGAUCAUUUGGAAUUGCGAACAAUAAAAUUCUAGUGACAACUAUUUUCAUCCAGUUCAUAUAGGACCUAACAUUAUCUAGUUUUGGUUUCCUUUUCUUACACUGUAGUUUUCAUUAUAGUAUAUCCAUUUUUAAGUUACCAAACCAGUCGUAAUUAACAAUUUGAUUGAAAAAGGAGAAAAUCGAACGAAAAAAAAUUAACAAAGACUGAAUAUAUGAGCAUCAAACUUCAAGUGUUUUUACACCAGUAGAGAACUAACCACUAUGCAUCAGAUACUAUUUUCAGCGAGAAUUACUUUCUUCGGUAAUUUCCAAUUAAUUCAAUUUAAUUAAUUUGUUUCAAGUACCACUAGUGGGAGUCGAGUCGCGUAUAAUCAAAAAUGUAUAGAUGCAGGUAAAAACAAGUUCUUCAACACGAACAUUUCUGUAAUACAUAUGUAAUAUAACAAAAACCCGGUGUUUAACGAUGCAUUUUAACUCAGUUUAACAGAAUCCAAUAUAAUAUAAAAUGAAAAUAUCUUCAAA